AUGGCAACUACAAUGCCAACUACUGGGAAACUCCAAUCCAAUACGGGAGAAAAAUUUGUUGAUCAAAAACUAUAUAGAUCCAUGAUAGGAAGCUUGCUAUAUUUAACUGCAACAAGACCAGACAUUGCUUUCAGUGUGAGAUGUUGUGCCAUAUUUCAAGCAGAUCCUAAAGAGUCGCAUCUUAAAGCCGUAAAACGAAUCAUAAGAUACGUUAAUGGUACCCUGGAUUAUGGUUUAUCUUACUCUAUGGAUAAAAACAACAGUCUUGUUGCCUACUCAGAUGUUGAUUGGGCAGGGUGUGUAGAAGAUCGGAAAAGCACCUCUGGUGGUUGCUUCUAUGUUGGUCAAAAUCUUGUUGCUUGGCACAAUUGUUGCUGGUACAUGUUGUACCCAACUACUAUGGAUGAAAAAGAUGCUCAUUGA